AUGGGCAACGCCGACUAUGCUUAUCCGUCCACUAACGUGGAGUGUUCACAUCGAGUAGCGAUUCCACAAAAGCAACCAUUUCUGAAGUCGCUGAAAUAUAAUCUUAAAGAGACUUUCUUUCCUGAUGAUCCUCUCAGGCAAUUCAAGAACCAGCCUGCUUCACGAAGAUUCAUAUUAGGCCUAACAUAUUUCUUUCCAAUCUUUGAUUGGGCCCCCCGUUACACUUUUGAGUUCUUGAAAAGUGAUUUUAUUUCUGGGAUCACUAUUGCGAGUCUUGCUAUUCCUCAGGGGAUAAGUUAUGCCAAACUAGCCAACUUGCCACCGAUUCUUGGUCUUUAUUCAAGCUUUAUUCCACCAUUGGUUUAUGCAAUGAUGGGAAGUUCCAGAGAUUUGGCAGUGGGGACCGUUGCUGUCGCAUCCCUCCUCACAGCAUCUAUGUUAGGGAACGAAGUUAAUGCUAAUGAGAACCCCAAACUAUAUCUCCAUCUUGCAUUCACGGCAACAUUCUUUGCCGGAGUAUUUCAAGCUUCCCUUGGCUUAUUAAGGCUAGGGUUUAUCGUGGAUUUUCUGUCACAUGCAACGAUAAUAGGAUUUAUGGCAGGAGCAGCAACUGUAGUCAUCCUGCAACAGCUAAAGGGGAUUCUGGGGCUUGAUCAUUUCACCCACUCAACGGAUCUUGUCUCUGUCUUGCGUUCUGUCUUCUCCCAAACUCAUCAGUGGAGAUGGGAAAGUGCCGUUUUGGGCUUUUGCUUCCUGUUCUUCCUUCUCAUCACCAGAUACUUUAGCAAGAGAAAACCAAAAUUCUUUUGGGUAUCAGCAAUGGCACCAUUGACGUCAGUUAUUCUAGGAAGCAUCCUCGUCUACGUCACUCAUGCUGAGAAACAUGGGGUUCAAGUGGUAGGACACUUGAAGAAAGGACUAAAUCCACCGUCCUUUGCGGAUCUCGCGUUUGUAUCUCCUUAUCUUUCCACAGCUAUUAAAACUGGCAUCGUUACUGGCGUCAUAGCUCUUGCUGAAGGAAUAGCAGUAGGAAGAAGUUUUGCCAUGUUCAAGAAUUACCAUAUAGAUGGCAACAAAGAGAUGAUUGCUUUUGGGACCAUGAACAUUGUAGGCUCUUGCACCUCUUGCUAUCUUACCACAGGGCCAUUUUCGCGAUCAGCAGUGAACUUCAAUGCAGGAUGCAAGACAGCAGUAUCAAAUAUUGUCAUGGCGUUGGCAGUCAUGGUCACACUGUUGUUCCUAACGCCAUUGUUCCAUUACACUCCACUUGUGGUUCUAUCCUCUAUUAUUAUCGCUGCUAUGCUCGGUCUUAUAGAUUAUGAAGCUGCAAUCCAUCUUUGGUCUGUCGACAAGUUCGACUUCAUAGUGUGCAUGGGCGCAUAUGGUGGUGUGAUUUUCAGCAGCGUUGAGAUUGGCUUAGUCAUCGCGGUGGCGAUUUCUUUGCUUAGACUACUUCUGUUCGUUGCAAGACCAAAAACCUUUAUUCUUGGAAACAUUCCAAAUUCGAUGAUCUACAGAAAUGUUGAACAAUAUCCAAACACAAGCAGCGUUCCUGGUGUUCUCAUACUUGAGAUUGAUGCUCCCAUCUACUUUGCAAAUGCAGGCUACUUAAGAGAAAGGAUUGCGAGGUGGGUUGAUGAAGAGGAAGAAAAGUUAAAAUCUUCAGGAGAAACCACCCUACAGUAUGUUAUACUAGACAUGGGAGCGGUUGGUAACAUUGACACAAGUGGGAUUAGCAUGCUUGAGGAAGUUAAGAAAGUAAUGGACAGAAGGGAGCUCAAGCUUGUCAUGGCCAAUCCUGGAGCUGAAGUAAUGAAGAAACUCAACAAGUCCAAGUUUAUCGAAAAAAUAGGGCAAGAAUGGAUAUUUUUAACAGUAGGAGAAGCUGUUGGAGCUUGCAAUUUCAUCCUUCACACCGGCAAACCUAACCCCUCGAAAGAGGAAUCUGAGGCAGAUGACAAAGUCUAA